AUGAGGCGCUUCGGCGUCGUCGCCCUCCUGGGCGCAGGUCUACUGGAGAUUGCGUAUGCGCAAAUAACGUCCACAACGCUGGCCGCAUCCACGACCUACAACCCAACCGUGUCGUGGUCACCGGCUCCCGUCUGUUCGCAGGGCAGCGACCCACCGGGCAGCAAUGGGGGUGUCUACCAAGAUGAGUUCGGGAACUUCUACGAAAUGGCUUGCGGCCCCAUGUGGUCAAGCACGAGUUACUACGAUGUUAUCGGUGGAAAUCCUACUUGGGUCGGGACUACUGGGCAGGGUAUUGGGAGUUGCUUUUUUGGAUGCAGCAAUCGUCCUGGAUGCAUGGGAUUCACGUACACUGGCAGCGUUGUUGGCACGAGCUACAACUGGCAGGGUUCAUCGGGAAGAUGCUACCACUUCAUGAACAAUACUCAGGGAACGCUCCAAGGCAAUGGCCUCUCCCUUGGCGGACAGACCGUCUACGGUGCCGCGUACCUCAUCCAGGCUGCUCCUGGAACGUUGUGUCCAUACUACGACGGACAGACCUUCACGGACAACUGGGGCGUCGCCUACGUCAUCCAAUGCGGCUAUCAAGCAGCGACAACUGCUGGUGCCGGAGUUCAAAAGAGUGUAACAGUGGUACAGAACAUCCAGAGCUGUCUGUCCGCUUGCGAUGCCGCGGGUACAGCUAAUUGCAACCAUGUUGCAUACAGCUACGCCGCUUCUGCCGAGCCUUCUUCCUACAGGACCUCUCAUGCCUUUGGCUCUUGUACCUUCUUCACUGGAUCUCCGACGCCGACUGGCGGUGGGAUGGCGAGAUAUGCAUAUGCGGCGCAGACGACCGUUGCGUCCACAACGACAUCGUCUAGUAGUGGGACUACUUUGAGCACGUUGACUUCAAGUUCCUCGUCCAGCAGCACGAGUUCAUCGACAUCCAGCAGCAGUAGCACGUCGACGGCGACGACUCUCACGGUUCAGAAUGGAGUCACAUACACGCUCACCGGUCCAACACAAACACAAACAGCCACAGCGACGAACACUCAAACGGCGACGAACACCCAGACUCAAAGCGUUUCAGUUACGAUCUCGGGUCCGACACAAACUAACACCCAAACGGCGACCAACACCCAAACCCAAAGCAUUUCGGUCACCAUUUCCGGGCCAACUCAGACGGCGACCGCCACGACCACACAACGUUCGUUCUCCUUCCCUCGCGCUGAUCUUGAGCAUUGGAUGGCGGUGCUAACAUACUCUAGCUACCACCAUCGUUUCGAGUGUCACCAACACGCAAACCCAGAGCGUUUCAGUCACAGUUUCGGGACCUACUCAGACCAACACGCAAACUCAAAGCGUCUCAGUCACGAAUACGCAAACGCAAAGCGUCUCGGUCACGGUUUCUGGCCCUACGCAGACCGCAACGAACACGCAGACUCAAAGUGUGUCGAUUACAGUUUCCGGGCCCACACAAACAGCCACAGCGACCACUACACAGCGUUCGUUCUCCCAUGCACUUGUUGA